GGCUUUGGUCGACGUUCUCGUCGAGAGCAAGGCCCAAAAAUCUGCUCAACCAGCCACGGUUAAACUAAAACGGGCCUCUCUAAUCAUCGCGCUCACGGAUGGGCCCGCGGCUGGAUGAUGUUGUCCGGCUCUGCUGUGAGAUCUCUGCUCAUGAGCAGAUCAAGGUCGCGGUGAAGAACUCCACCAAAGGAGCCAUGGUGGCCGGAGGAGCCGCCUUUGUAGGCGGCCUGCUCGGGGGCCCUGCAGGCAUUGCUGUUGGUGGUGCAGUGGGCAGUCUCAUGGGCGGCUGGCUCACCAGGGGUCAGUUCAGACCCUUGCCUCAGAUUCUGAUGGAGAUGUCGAAAGCCGAGAAGAAGAAGCUCGCCAUCGAAGUGAUCGUCAUACUGGGCAGCCUGAUCUGGAGGGACGCGGCUCAGCUGAUAGCCCUGGUGAUGGGGAACGCCACGCUCCAGCAGCAGGUCACCGCCACAGUGCACAGCUACGUCAAAAAAAACCUCAGAGCAUAA